AUGGAGGAUGCCUGUACUCCUGGAAAUGCCACCUCCAUUCCAGCUGCCUCCUUUUCCAUAUGCUCCAAUGGUCACAGCUUCCGCAAUGCUAUCUGUUUGCCCAGUGCCUGCCACAGGAAGACAUGGCAACUAGUUACAUGUCAAGAAAACCACCAGCCAUCCAGUGGCACCCCCAGGAGCUGUGAAUCCACUUCCUGUCCAUCAACUUGCUUUCCAGAAACUGCUUGUGUGGGUUUUCUCUGCCAACCCAUAUGCUCCCACAAAGCCUGCUGUGAAUCCAGCACCAGACAGUCUCCAUGUCCAGUUGCCUCCUGCCAGCCAUCCUGCUUGGAAUCCAGUGGUUGUCAGACCAAGUCCUGUGAUGCUAGCUCCUGCCAGGAACCUGUCUGCACAGCUGGAUCAUGCCAGACUACUUGUGGCCAACCAGUCUGCUGGGAUGCUAGAUCCUGCCAGCCACCUUGCCCUGAAGUAACUUCCUGUGCUGAGACAUCCUGCCCCCCGGUUGUCUGUGAGGCAAGACCCUGUCAACCAGUCUGCUGCCAAGGAGAUUCAUGUCAACCCACCAGAGGUGAAGGCCAAUCUGGCAAAUCCAUUUAUUACCAACCUAUCUGCUACAUUUUCAAGCCUUGCCAAUCAGUUCCCUGCCUGCCUGUCUCCUGCCAGCCGCUGACUUGUAUGUUCAGUCCUUGCAGCCCUACUUGCUGUGUGCCCUCCCCUUGUCAGCUGCUUCACUGCCAAACAGUACCUUCUACACCCUGCAUCUGCCAGCCUGUGGCCAACUGCCAGUCCCCUUGCUGUGUGAAGAGCUCUUGCAAAUCAACUUCCUGUGGCACUGUGCUUUCUUGCCAGCCACCUUGUAGUGGAUCUGCUCCUAGAACCAGAAAUGACUGUAAAUCCCCUUCUUGCCAGCCAGCUUGCUGUGUGACAGGUGUAGGCAAAUCCUCCAGCAGUGGCUCCACUUGCUAUGGCCUAGAUUUUCACAGAACAGGCAAAGUAAGCACCUGA